AUAAGCAAUAUUUGUUAAAUGUCCAGAGACUUAGUAAAUGUUUGGUAACAAACUUGCACUUUGCACUUACAAAUCUUUAGACCUUAAGCUUUCAAUUGCAUUUCCACAAAGCACAUCAAUGGAUCUCUUCACCAUUCUGGUCAUUUGCCUUUCUUGUUUGAUUCUUCUCUCUCUGUGGAAUGGAAGCCAUGGCAAAGGGAAGCUCCCACCUGGUCCUACUCCUCUGCCAAUUGUUGGAAAUCUUUUGCAAUUAGAUUCUAAGGACAUCACCAAAUCCAUAAAAGUGCUGGCAAAAGAAUAUGGCCCCGUGUUCACUGUGUAUUUAGGUAUGAAGCCCACUGUGGUGCUGCAUGGAUAUGAAGCAAUUAAGGAAGGCCUGAUUGACCGAGGAGAGGAAUUUUCUGGUAGAGGGGCUUUUCCAGUGAUAGACAGAAUUUUCAAUGGAUUAGGAAUUGUCCUCAGUAAUGGAGAAACAUGGAGACAAACCAGGCGUUUCUCCCUCUCAGUUCUACGGAAUAUGGGGAUGGGAAAGAAAACUAUUGAAGACAGAAUUCAAGAGGAAGCAUCAUGUCUGGUGGAAGCCUUAAAAAAAACCAAUGCAUCUCCCUGUGAUCCUACUUUCCUUCUCUCCUGUGUUCCCUGCAAUGUGAUCUGCUCCAUCAUUUUUCAGAAUCGUUUUGACUAUAGUGAUCCAAAAUUUCAUACUUUGAUUAAGUAUUUUCAUGAAAAUCUCAGAAUUCUAAGCACUCCCUGGAUACAGCUCUGCAAUACUUUCCCCCUUUUAUGUUACCUCCCCGGAAGUCAUAAUGAUCUGAAAAAAAUCAUUGCUGAUCAGAAAAAGUUUAUUUUGGAGAAAGUAAAAGAACAUCAGGAAUCUCUGGACCCCCAUAACCCUCGGGAUUAUAUUGAUUACUUCCUGAUUAAAAUGGAAAAGGAAAAGCAUAACAAGCAGUCUGAAUUUACCUUGGACAACUUGAUCGCGACCGUAUGGGAUUUGUUCAGUGCGGGAACAGACACAACAAGCACCACGCUCAAAUAUGGACUCUUGCUUCUGCUGAAGCAUCCCGAGAUCUCAGCUAAAGUCCAGGAAGAGAUUCACAAUGUGAUUGGCAGACACAGAAGCCCCUGCAUGCAGGACAGGAGCCGCAUGCCCUACACGGAUGCCGUGGUACAUGAGAUUCAGAGAUACAUCGACCUGGUUCCCACUAAUGUGCCCCACACAGUAACUCAGGACGUUAAGUUCAGAGAAUAUACUAUUCCAAAGGGCACAGAAAUACUAGUGUCUCUGACCUCUGUCCUAUACGAUGACAAAGAGUUUCCCAACCCAGAGAAGUUCAACCCUAGCCACUUCCUGGACAAAAGUGGCAACUUUAAGAAGAGUAACCACUUCAUGGCUUUUUCAGCUGGAAAAAGGAUUUGUGUUGGAGAGAGCCUGGCCCGAAUGGAGAUGUUUUUAGUCUUAACCUACAUUUUACAGAAUUUUACCUUGAAACCUCUGGUUGAUCCAAAGGAUAUUGACAUCACCCCAGUUGAAAAAACAGCAGUCACUCUUCCACCUUUCUAUGAACUCUGUUUCAUUCCAGUCUGAAGACAUAGUUGGUUUUAUGCUUCUAGUCUGCAGAGCCAGACUGCAGAGCAGGAGCUUCCAGCCUCAUCUGAAUAAGCCAAAUAUUUUCUAGCUUUUGGGUUGGCCAUUAUCUGCCCCCUUUUCUCCAGCAUGAAUUCCAUCCUUGAUUCCUGUCUCUUCUAAUUUUACCCUUCCUUCAAGAUCCAUUCAAGUCUCCCUGCAUGAAGAAAGCUUCCUGUUUCAUAUCCAAAAAAAAAAAAAUUAUUUUUGUAAUACAAUCUUGAAAUCAUAAGCUACAUCUUAUAUGCUGUGUAUACCAAAUGGAGAACACAAGUAAAUGUCAUGAUUUUUAUUAAAAAUUAACCAUCAAAAAUUU